AUGAUCAAAUGUUUAAUGCUCUUUUGUCUUUCAAAUAUUCUAGGUGAACAUGCGCGUCAGGAUUCCAUGGAACCGUGGGAAGAUGCUGGCGAAGGCAGUUGUAAACCAACCGUAUUGGAGCGACGGCGUCAACGCGAUCAUCAAAGAUGUUUGGCCCAUUCUCUGGUCGGAACUCCAAACUAUAUUGCACCAGAAGUGUUGGAGCGUAGCGGUUACACUCAACUAUGUGAUUGGUGGAGUGUCGGUGUCAUUUUAUAUGAAAUGCUUGUGGGUCAACCGCCAUUUUUAGCAAAUACUGCCGUUGAGACACAGCAAAAGGUAAUCAAUUACCGGAAAACGUUACACAUCCCACCACAGGCCAAUCUGACGCACGAUGCAUCUGACUUGAUUCUGCGAUUAUGUGCAUCGGCGGACCGUCGACUCGGCAAAAAUGGUUCGAACGAAGUCAAAGCUCAUCCAUUUUUCAAAGGUGUCGAUUUAUCAUUGGAUCUACGACCGCAAAAAGCUCCGUACAUUCCGAAAAUCGAUCAUCCGACCGACACAUCGAAUUUCGAUCCAAUCGAUCCGGACAAAUUGCGUAAUUCGUCAUCCGAUUCAUUCGAUUUUAAAAGUGAUACGGGUAAGUCGUUUCAUGGAUUUUACGAAUUUACGUUCCGGCGAUUUUUCACCGAUGAUAAAACGAUCAUGGACAGCAGUGAAGAUCAGAGUCCCGUUUAUGUGUAGGGAAAACAAAACAAAACAAAAAACUAUUUUGAUUUUUGCAUUAAGUUACGUGUUAAGUAUUGAUUAGUUUUAACAACACGAAGGAAACAAAUUUGAUCUGCCAUAAAUUGUUACUCAAUUUCUUUGAUGAUUUUUCUUUUCGUUCUAUUUUUACCGCUUAACAUACCGGAAGUGAAAGAGCUAAAAUUGAACCGGGCGUCAGUUGAACCAAUCGAAUUAAUUUCUUGAUAGUUUUCUUACAGUUCAAUUCAAUACGAUUCGUGUCGAAACUCAUUUGACUGAAUUUUUUGUUCCGUGUUUAGAUCGCACGAUAAUUUUGGGUUUUCAUUAAAAAAAAUUCGCUAAAAACUGUAAUUUUAAAUUGCUGUCCAGUGUUCCAUUAAAAAAAAAAGUUAAGAAUGUGAGACUCAAUACGAUUUACCGAAUAUGUCCUAAUUGCUGACUGCAUCGAAGUGAGAUUGGUGCGUCACUUAGAAACAUAAAAUUUGAAGAAAAUAAAUCUGUGCUUCGAUCAACUAUACACAUUCCAUUUCCGGAAUGCGGCUGAUCAAAAGUUUAAAUUUAUUUUCUUCAAGUAAACUUUCACCGCAAGGAUUUUAUUUUGAUGCACAGCUGGAAGGACUAGCACAAUAUGCGUGCAUGGAUUUUGUUAUUCAAUAUUCUAAUCUGAAUGAAGUCGUGAUACGCUUCGAACAAAAAUUUAAAUUCAGCAAAUAAUUUCUUUCAAUGCCUCAAGUUUGAUCAUUAAGUUUCAGAAAAUUUCGGAAAGAAAAGGUUUUGCCGAAAAUUGGUUCAAGAAAGUUGAACCUCGGAAAUAUGCCCUGACUCUCCAAUGUCCAUUUGUCAAAUCCUCGUCGUAAACGAUUUUUUUUAUUUGUAAUUGGAUUUUUACGUCCCGUGAAAUUUUAGCUUUUUCAUUUGCCCAUAUUUCGUACUAAAAACAAAACAAUCAAAUUGUAGCACAAAGUGUUGUUUCGUAUUAUUUCGCGCAUAACAUGUUCUAAACGAAUCAAAAACACACAAAAGA